AGGUGUAUACUAUCAUUACGUACUGAGAAUUACACGUGUUUGUUUAGGUUAAUUUUUGAUAUUACUGUUUAUUAAACAUGAAAAAAAGUGAUGAUAUUUGUAAACCAUUGCCAUAUGAAAUAAGUAAACAAGCAAGUACUCUAGAUGAUAGAGAAAGAUUUAUAAUUGAUUUUCUUGAACAACGAUUACCAAGUACUGAUAGUUCACAAAUUAUUGAUGAACUCAAAAAGACAUUUGUAUUGGACAAACUUAGAGCAAACAAAAAAAUAAAACCAAAGAAAGGUAAUUUUUUAAGUGGGCGUAAAAGAAAAUUACUCGGGAUAAAAACAGUUGGUUUAAAUAAAAAGUUAAAGUAUAAAGAUUUAUUACCUUUAAAUAAACUUUGGCUUGAAUAUUUUUCUCAAACACUUGGAGUUAACUUUAAAGAAUUACCAAGUCCUGGUGACAAUGAUUGGGAGAGUAUUAAUCAGAAAAUAAUGAAAUCGGAUUUUCAUGGAGCCAAAGUUAGAGUCGUUAAAUCAAAGUGUCCUAGUUUAAUUGAUAUUCAAGGAAUAAUAGUACAAGAUACGAAAAAUACAUUUAGAAUUAUUAGUGAAGAUGAUACUGUUCGGACUGUUCCAAAACAUGCUGUUGCUAUUGACAUUCAAUUAAUAGAAACAAAAUUCCAAUUGUUUGGUAAAGAUUUAUGUAUCAGGCCAGCUGAGCGUGUUAAAAUAAAAAAUAAAUUUACUCCUUCAACUAGUUUAUAAUUAAAAAAAUAUAAUUAAACUUGUAAUUAUUUAAAUCCAUUUACCUAAUAAAUUAAGGGGGCCUACUAGUGUGACCGCCCGAAAAAACGAUGAUUUUUGAGAAUCUUUUAAAGAAAACUACUGCAUGAAAUAUUUUAAUGUUUUAAGGAUAUAUUUGUGGAUAAAUAAUGAAUACAAGAUUAAAUUUUUAGACGGAAAAAUUCAAAAUUCAGCGAGUUAUUCACAAUCUCCCGGUUAAAAAAAAAGUCCCCCUACUACAGUGAUAGCGACCUUCACAGUGCAUAAAAUUAAAAAAUCCGAAAAGUUUAUUAAACUAGAAGGUAUUUUCCGUACCAUGACCCUUGGGCUAAGAAAAAAAUUGAAAUCUAACAAAAUGACGGAGUUUUAAAAAAAAAUUUCAAAUUUUGCGCGAAAAUUUGAUGAUUUUUGGCCUGCCAAAAUUACAUUUUUGAUUCGAUCGGAAAACUAGAGGUUCAUGAUAGAUAGAAACAUAUAUAAAAGAAGCUAUAAUUCACAUCAAUUCGAUCGGAUGAUUUGUCUUCGAGUUAUAGAUGCAGCAACUUUGAGAUAUGCACUAGAAACUGUAGUAUAUUAUUUUUGAAGGUAUAGACUAUCGAAGUAUGCAAAAAAAAAAAGAUUUUUCAAAAUUUCACGCUAGUGGUCUCCCUUAAACUAAUAAUAUUCAUAAUAAUUAGUAGUGUAAUGAGUUUAAUGUAUUAAAUGAAUACUAAUGCAUUGAAUAGGCUUUCAUUUAUUUUGAGCUAAGAAUAUAGCAUGUCGGCACAUUUACAGUUUAACUUUAUAGAACAAACAAGUAUAUAAUUAUUUAAAUUCGAUUAAUUAUUUAUUUUUAAAUAAUCAUUAUUUAUAUAAUCGAAAUAAUAUCUUUUUUUCAUUACUUCAUUUUCUUUAAAUCAACUAUUUAUUAUCAACUUUAUAUUCAGUUUUAUUCAUUUAUUCAUUACUUAUCCGUUUUAUAUUUAUAUCUACUUACAUAUUACAUAUUUUUUAUCAAUAUAAUUGUGUCGAUUUCUAUAAUUAUUCAGAAAUUUAUCUUCAUUUUAUAUUUUUUUUUAAUUGUUAAUUUUAAUUGAAAUGAUAAACGAAAUAUAUAUUUAUAUAUGUAUAUAUAACAAUUUAUAGGACGCCAAUUAUUUGAAAUAAUUAAAAAUAAAAUUAUUAUUAUACUAGGAAUGUUAAUAUUUUAAUUAAUUUUAAAUUCACUAUUUCAAUUAAAUUUUAAACUCACAUUUUAUUUACUCACAAUAAUUAACAUCUGUCAGCAAUAUUCAUCCUAUUUCUUUUUAAUAAAAAUUACCAUGUGAUAACAAGAGCACGAGAUGUUAUAUUAAUGAUUAAUGCUCCUGAAUAUGUCGACGAUUUAUUAUAUUUUAUUAUUUAUAUUUUAUUGAUAAAAUAAAUUUAUUCUUGCACCCUUCAAUCAUUUUAUUCAUUAAAUAUCAGUUCUAAUAGUUUUUUUUAAUGUUAUUUUAUAUUAUUUUUUACUAAUCAAAAUUUAAAACCAUCACCAAUUAAAAUAAGUCAACGUGAUCAAUAGAUCUUUGUUUUAUAAAAUGGGGGGAAAAAGAAAAUAAAUAAUUAAAAAUUUUAAAUUAAUUACUCAGACAAGUUAACGAGUAUGAAAUCACAACUAAUAUUAAAAAGAAAUAAUUAUAAACUUAAUAUACAUUAUUGAUAUAAUUUAAAAAAAUCUAUUAUCAGAAAGAUAAAUUGUAAUAGGAUUAAUAAUUAAUGUAAUUGUAAACAAUAAUUAUUUCAAUUUUACAAUUCUUUAAUCAUUUAAUCCACAAAAUAAAAUAAUAAUAAUAAGAGAUAUCUACAUGGAUUUUAAAUACAUUCAAAUCCACAAUAGUAAAUAUACUUGUGUAUAAAUUGUGUUAUAGAAAAAAAUAUUAUACAUCGUUUCUAAAAAAAAAAAAAAGAAAAAGAAAACUCGUCAAAUCAAAUAAUACUAUAAUUAUUUUUUUAAUUACUACAAU